AGCGUCCCUUCUGACUCUGUAGCAAGCCGACUAGCUAAGCUGUCUACCGACAGACAAGAGAACAGCGUCGAAAUUUAAAAUCGAAACGAGGUUUCGUCCAUGUAAUGACCGUCAGAUAGAUAUGCAGAUGAUCUUUCCAGGGAAACCGGUCAGCGGGGCAGUGUUGAGUCUGUGAAUGGAACUGUCGGUACUGACCUGGUACAGACGCCGCCAGUGGGGAAACCUUUGUUAUUGUUAUUGCUAACGCUAGCGCUAGAGCUAACGUUACAGUACAAAAAUAACUGCACUACUUCAGGUGUCUGCAUAGCAAAACAGUUUGGGAAUUAUUUGCAGUUGUCAGAAGGGCCUGUGGCCCGCAGUAAGCCUCCUCCGACAGUCCCUGCCACCACUGCCAUGCCUAACCGCACCAUCCACCUUUUCAACAAAGGCUUGCGUCUCCAUGACAACCCCACCUUGGUGGCGGCCUUGGAGUCGUCGGCGGCCGUGUACCCCGUAUUCGUCCUGGACCGCCACUUCGUGGAGAGCAGCACGCGCAUGGGGGCGCUACGCUGGCGCUUCAUCUUGCAGAGCCUGGAGGACCUCCACCGCAGCCUGCAGAGGCUUGGCUCGCGUCUCUACGUGCUCCAGGGCACCCAUGAGGCCGUGCUGCGGCGCCUGGUGGCCCAGUGGGGCAUCACCCAGCUCAGCUUCGAUGUCGAGGUGGAGCCCCACUACAAGCGGCUGGACGAGGAGCUGCGCGCCAUGGCUAGCGAGUUGGGUCUCGGGGUGCUCAGCUGCGUGGCACAUACCCUGUAUGAUGUGAAGAGAAUAAUCAAAGCUAAUGGUGGGCAGCCACCACUGACCUAUAAGAAGUUCCUCCAGGUGUUGUCCAUUCUGGGGAAGCCAGACAUGCCUGCACGUGAAAUCACAGAAAUGGACAUCCAGAAGUGCCCUAUGCCCAGCAAUGAAGGUGGCGAAGAGCAUUACCAGGUGCCGUCCCUCUCUGAGCUGGGCUUGGAGGUGGACAGCGAGGUGCUGUGGCCAGGAGGGGAGAGCCAUGCCCUGGAAAGGCUGGAGAGGCACUUCCAGAGUCAGGGCUGGGUGGCCAACUUCUCCAAGCCGCGCACCAUCCCUAACUCCCUGUUGCCCAGCACCACCGGCCUCAGCCCCUACCUCAGCCUGGGCUGCCUCUCUGUACGCACCUUCUACCACAGACUCUCUAAGAUCUAUGCACAGUCGAAAAACCACUCCUUACCUCCAGUAUCACUGCAAGGCCAGGUGCUCUGGAGGGAGUUCUUCUACACAGCUGCCUUGGCCACCCCCAAUUUCACACGGAUGGUGGGGAACCCCAUCUGCCUGCAGAUCGGCUGGUACGAAGACCCUGAGGCCUUAAAAAAGUGGAAAAUGGCUCAGACGGGCUUCCCCUGGAUCGACGCCAUCAUGACCCAGCUGCGGCAGGAGGGCUGGAUCCACCACCUGUCCCGCCACGCUGUGGCCUGCUUCCUGACCAGAGGAGACCUGUGGAUCAGCUGGGAGGAGGGCAUGAAGGUGUUUGAGGAGUUCCUGCUGGAUGCUGACUACAGUAUAAACGCGGGGAACUGGAUGUGGCUGUCCGCUAGUGCCUUCUUCCACCAGUACACACGCAUCUUCUGCCCGGUCCGCUUCGGCCGACGAACUGACCCUGAUGGACACUACCUCAGGAAGUACUUGCCUGUGCUGAAAAACUUCCCAUCUAAAUACAUCUAUGAGCCCUGGAAUGCUCCAGAAGAUGUGCAGCUCCAGUCAGGAUGCAUCAUUGGUAAAGACUACCCACUGCCCAUUGUGAACCACCUGGACGCCAGCCAGAGAAACAUGGCUCUGAUGAAGACGGUGCGCUGUGAACAAGCAAACACCACUGAGCUCACCAGAGAUGUGGCGGAUGACCCUAUGGAGGUGGGGGUGAAGCGAGAGCUGUCAGAGGAGGACGCUGUCGCCCAGGGAGACGGCACGGAAUGUAAUGGCGGCAUCUCUGUGGGGAAGAAGCAUUGCAGCUCGGAGAACGAGGGCCGUACGUGCAGCUGGACCCCCGACACCCACCGUCUGCAGGAGAUCAGCAGCAAGGUCAUGUAGAGGCGCCACACCAUGGACACCCUCAUCCCCUCCCCAGAACGACGCACUACCAGACACUAAACCAGUGCUUCGACUCGGACUGUUUUUUGUUUUUUUUCCUUUCAUUUGUCAUGCUCAACCCACCACAUCAGUUCAGCGUAACACUGACUAGCAUUUGUUAGCUGAUCUGCAUGUGGAUCAAAGUGUCCUCCUUCCACAACCUGUACACAUGUGUGCGAGGGACUGUGUCCUGGCACUAGUGUAUGGCUCUGCUAAAGAAGUUGGCUCUUUCCCUCCAGCUUGUAGUCGCUCUCUCUGACUUCUGAGCCAUGGAUCAUCCCAUCACAGGUCGAAUCGUGUGUCCACCAGACAUGCAGCGCUGCCUGAACAUAUGCAUCGUGGGGAGCCUUCACUCUAUCUCUUCCCAUCCAGUCCCAUCUCCCCAAUACCCUGUAUCAACUUCCCCGGAGUUAACAGACUAAUGAGACUAUGUCAAAGGCCGGAUGGGAAGGGGGUUCCUGCUAUGGAGGAUGGGUAAUGUUCUAAUAUGUCUCUGCAGAUGUAUCUGGCUACCUCCACCGAAUUAGAGAUUAUUUAGCAGGUACUGUUUUUUUUGUGUUUUUUUGUAACACAGUGGGUGAGUUUGAAGAUUAAUAAAGCUUCCUCGCGUUUUGCUUUCAACACCUUACCAGGAGUACAGCAAACGCUGCACUGUCUCACUCACAUGCUGCCAUUCACUUGAUAAACUGUUUACUUUCAAGGCUCUCAAGGAAUUGUCAAAUAGGAUUUUCUUUUUACAUUUUUUUUAAUGCAGUUUGGUUGAAAUGUAGGAAUUUGAAAGGCUGCGCUGAAAUUGAAUCAAAGCAACUCUUGUUGGAGGUGUGGUGUAGCCAGUGGAUGUUAGCUUUUGGAAUUUAUUUUGUGACCUCAUAGGAUUCUAAUCCACAAAAAUCCUAGAGACAGGUUUUCUGUGUCCGGUAGCAGGAUGGACCAUUGCACGUAUUAGAACUUGACCAAAAAAAUGCUUUAUGACAAGAUGACAUGCUUACUGUACCAUUUACUGAUGCAAAGAGCAGUGCUUCCCAAUGUUGUUUGGCUGCUUUGUGACAUUUCCAUCAUAGUAAUAUGGAUAUACCAAUGGUCUUGUAUGUAUGUAUGUAUGUAUGUAUGUAUGUGUGUGUGUGUGUGUGUGUGUGUGUGUGUGUGUGUGUGUGUGUGUGUGUGUGUGUGUGUGUGUGUGUGUGUGUGUGUAUGUAUGUAUGUAUGUAUGUAUGUAUGUAUGUAUGUGUGUAAUAUUUACACUAUCUGACCAUUUUGAAACAUUGUUGAGUUUAUCUGCGUUCUCUGCCUUUAUACGUGACUACCGGUAAGUAUACAUCCAUAUAAAUAUAUAUAUAUAUAAAUCCGAUUGUAUUGUUAACCUAUAAAGUGGACAUUUGUUGUGACAUUUUUGCAAGUGAUGUUGAGCUAAUAUAGAAAGCCCAAAUCGGGUACAUACCCUGAUGUUUCACUUAUAAGUUGGUGAAAACUAUUGCAGCUUUUUUUUGAAGAUCGAUAUAUGAGUAUUUCAAUGACCAUAAAAUGUUUGUCUAAUCGGUUUGAGUUUUCUAAUCAUUGAACUAAAUGCAUGAUGACCCUUUGGGAUGACACACAACCUCCCCCAUCUGUAAAACUGUUGUUGUAAAACCUCCAUGCUUUUUGAAUGUCAAUCAGAUAGUCAACGUAAUCUGCUUUCAUGCUCUGGAGUGCCCAUCUGAUAAUCAGAACACCUGCACGGCUACUGCACACAUCUGAGCUAACUGAGCCCACUUUCACUUGGCUGGAAAAGUUACUUGCUUGCACCUCCAGCAUUUGGCUGAUUAAACUGUAUUUUGUGUGUACUGGAUAGAUUACCCUGUCAUUACCCAAGCUGAAUUUCCCUCCUCUUAGUGAAAAAAUGUGUGAGUGAGAAAGUCAUCACUUUAGACAAGGCCACCCCCCUUUCACUGGUCAUGGGUAUCAACAUUGCAGAAUAAGACUUCCAGCAUUGCCUUCCUUUGCAGUGCAGAUAUUUGUAUCAAACAUCAGGAUGCACUUUUAUUAAGAUGUACAUUGCAUAAUACAAAUCAAGUGUAAAA